AUGGCUCUUGAAAACGAAGACAGCUCUGCUUCGGCAACAGUGGACAAAGCGUGGCCUUCUGAAUAUUCAACACGCAGAGAGUUCUCGCCAUUUUACAAUGGACCCUCGUUCGAACGGUGGAGGGAGCUUGAGCUGGACGGCGACGAGCUCGACAUGUUCUUGGACGAUUUACCUCAAAUUCCACGUCUGCAAGCAGAAGAAAUACGGAGUUACUGCCGACCUACUCUCUCCAACUGUUACAGCCGAAUAAACUUCCACACGGAGAGGCCCCCGUGGCCUGAGUCAUAUGGGGGGCUUGCCUGGGUUGAUGACAGGACGGACCCGCCAGGCAAUGAAUCCGCUUAUGCUCGGCGAUGUCGCACGCCAGCUCAGCUUGAUGAGGCACUAAAGAACCAAAGAUUGCCAGACAGUAACGGGCCUGAUGCCGCGAGACGCCUCAUGUACAUUGCCUCGGAAGCAUUUGUAGGAGUUGAUACCCUAAUCACUAGACAGAGGCCUGCUGAUUGGCGCCCGGGCUGGUUCAACCUGGAAUUCCAUUUACCGGUAUUCCUCAUUCGGUCUAAAGACGCUUUGCGCGAGACGACGAAUGAAUAUCCCCAGAGAAGGUGGAGAGACGUCUCAUUUCUAUCGCAUGAGGGGGACCAAGAGAAAUUUAGCAUAUGCAAAGCCCAAAUUUCAUGUCUUGUGGCGGGACGGGACGAAUGGAAUUGGACUGCGUAUGCUUUUGUCGACCCUCACUUGGAUGAUGAGAUUUACCUCGACACCGACGAAUUGGACGAGGACCUUGGAUAUGAGGAUCCGAUCUCCGCCGGCAAUCUCGAUGGAUGUUCUCCUCUCUGGAACCCCCGAGAGUACUUUCUGGCCAUUUUUUCGUUUCGAAUAAUGCAGAUCCAACGCGAAUGGGACGAUGUGGCACGCGAGCUGGAACGCAGGAUCGAUCGAUAUAAACAAGACCAUCCCCUGUCCUUGUCAGAGUAUACAGAAUCUACCACUGCCAGGCUGUCCUACGAUUGGACCCUUCUUGUGAUGACGUUGCUGGACGAACUUCUCACAGCCUUGGCCAAGUCUAAUAGAUCCUGGGACAUUUUCUAUCUCCAGGACGACGGGAAUGCUUAUUUCCGUGACUUGAAGGGUGCUGAACCUCUUGGGUCCCUCCAGAAUAUCAAGAGAUGCUUUGGAAAACUAGAGCGCUGCAGAGAGAAUCUGCAGAACCUGAAAGAAACUGUCACGUCUUAUUCACGAGCUACAAGCCCCCUUUACAACCAGCUGAGUUUCCACAACUCCGAGAUCCGCCUUCUAAAGUUCACGGCCCCAUGGACUGGCGCCACUUUGGCCUUUACCCUUGUUGUGGUUCCGCUACCGAAGUCUCCGAAAUAUGUUGCAUUGUCAUACAAUUGGGGCCAACAUACCAGGACAGUGACCAUACGACUGAACAACUUUGUUGUCCCAAUCACAACGAAUCUAUACGACGCGCUUCGUCGACUCCGCGCGGGAGGCGCCCAAUACGUGUGGGCGGAUGCUUUAUGCAUUAACCAGCAAGAUCCUGACGAAAGAAGCGUGCAAGUACAGAGAAUGCGCGCCAUCUUCCAAAAGGCCAGUCGAGUAGCUGUGUGGUUAGGCCCCGAAGCUCGUGUCAACAAAACUGGGCUUCAACUGCAAGCUGAUACCACCUAUGUUGAUCUUGACCAUCAACCCGAUCUCGUUAGUUCAGUCGUGCUUCGGGAUCUACUCUCACGACCAUACUGGGAGCGUGUCUGGAUCAUCCAAGAAGUUGCAGUUGCUUCGGAUGUCGUCGUGUAUUUUGGCCGCUAUAGCAUCUCCUGGGAAGAAUUUGUCAAUUGCUGCCGCCUGUACGCCAGGGAUGCUACCAUCUCUUCCAGAAGACUCUCAAACAGCUCUCCUAGCGGACUUGCCACUCUACUUCAAUUUCGGGACGACAAGAAGACUGGAAAACAUGUCAGUUUCUCGGAGGCCAUUCGUCGAAGUCGGUCAUCGCUAUCCACCGAUCCGCGAGACAAGCUUUUCGCCCUCCUAGGACUUAGUUUCAACGGCAAAGACUUGAUCCCGGAGCCAAAUUACAUAAAUUCCCCAGAGGAAGUCUUCAUAGAGUUUACCGCCGCCUUGAUCAAAUCCUACGCCCCAUUGGAUUACAUCUACCUCAAGGCUGCGCACCGUACCGUUGGUGAGGACUUGCCGUCGUGGGUGCCCGAUUGGACUAAGCUUGACGAUGUUAUUACGCAAAGACAAUUUGACUACAUUAUCCAACUUCCCCAAAGAGAGCUGGAACCAGGAGGAAUCAGUGUCUUCUCAUUGUCUGAAGCCACGCUCACCGUCAAGGGCAUGAUUGUCGAUACAGUUCACUACCUGGGGAACAUACUUGUUGGUCAAAACGGAGAUAUCGAGGCCCCAGGUACCGCAACUUGGCCAGAUGUCCCAGAAUUGAAUCUAGGCUCUGAUGCGACCGUCUUGAUUUUCAAGACACUCACUGGAGUUGGACUCCGUUCUGAAAGAAAUUGGGACAGUCUGGAUGUCUAUUACGUCGAAGCCGAUGAAUCCUGCAGCACUGACGAAGGGGAAGAAAGCUCACUUUCUUCCAGUCUCGAGAAUACAUCUGAGCUGCUUGCCCCUAUUCAUGCCUGGCUCGCAGCAAACUGCAUGGCAAGAUUAGGAGCGAGAAGCCUUGGGAAUUGGUGGAAGAGACUGAUUGCUGAAGCCAGUCACAUUGGAGACGUACCAAGAGUCUCCCGCCACGUUCAUGACUGCAUCAGGUGUGGUAUGCGCCUUUUAGUGACGGCGAGAGGCUAUGUUGGGUGGGCACAUCCUCAGGCGCAGAAAGGCGACAAGAUUGCGCGUGUCUACGGCUGCAGCAGAGAUUGGAAACCCAACGAAAGAAAACGAGCCCAGGAGUCUUUGUGGCUUCCCUGUGUCGUUUGCGGGUCUGUAAUAUUGAAAGCUGACAAAGUUGGAUUUUUGCCGUUCUACAGCACAACCAAAUACGACGAUAUAGGACAUUGUAAACCGUGUAGUGAUCUUCUCGAGAAGCUAGUUGUCAGUCCAACCCCUAUUCUACAAAGGCAGCGCAGUUUUCGGGGCCCCUCCCCGACGUUCUCGACUUGUGGUGGGGCCGAUAUGUCGGGGUUUCAGCCCGCCGGACCGGCCUUGAAUUGUUCGGCAGCGGCCCGGGCACCGAGAAACAGAUCGUAA